CAUUUCAACAGUGGAAUAUAUCUCAUUUGGAUUCUACUGGUUGUGAUUGGUAUUGGCUCCACAUACUUUCAUGCCACCCUCAGUUUCCUGGGUCAGAUGCUGGAUGAGUUGUCCAUCCUGUGGGUGCUCAUGUGUGCCAUCGGCAUGUGGUUCCCCAAGAGAUACCUGCCCAAGAUGUUCAGGAAGGACAGGUGUGAGAACCCACGUGUACUCAAGCUGGGGCUGAUCUCGGGGAUCUGGUGGGCUCUGGCUCUCCUCUGCUGGAUCAGUGACAAGAUCUUCUGUGAGAUGUGGUCCUCUGUCAACUUUCCCUACCUACACUGUGCUUGGCACAUCCUUAUCUGCCUGGCCUCCUACCUGGGCUGUGUGUGCUUCGCCUACUUCGACGUGGCAACAGAGGCCCCUGAACGAGGCCCGGUCAUCAUGUUCUGGCCCAAUGAGAAAUGGGCCUUCAUCGGAGUGCCCUAUGUCACCCUACUCUGUGAAACCAAGAAAUCUGACUCUGUCAAGGUGACAUAAGGUGUCAUAACCUCCUCAGGGCCCACUGUGCUUGGAAAAUCCCUCACUAUGAGGUGUUCCCAAACACGAACACAAAAUAUGCCCUAAUGUCAGACAUUUGGAACAAUGCAUGUAGAAUGUAAUAAAAGGAAGUACCUCUAAAGUACUUCUCUGACAUGGGUGACAUAAAGGCGACAUAAUUUGUCCGUUAUCGCCUCAAAAUGUAAUCCCCUCACUCACUCUCUCCCUUGUUACAUAUGCAAUAAUGUUUAUGCAACUUAGUGUCAAAGCACAAUCGUCUAUUACAGUGACAUAAGUGACGUAACCUCUAUGCUAACCUCUAUGCUAAGAAACUUGCCAAGUUGUGUUCAUUAAUCAACCCUGAAUGUAAUUCUCAGGCUUUGUUGAGGUGAUUGGGAAUAUUUCAAUUUCGAGUGAACCAGUAAUAUUUAUAGGUAUAUUGCGGUGUUUCUCACAGAAAUAUAUGUUUUGAAAUGAUAUUUUUCAGCUCUGGAUCUACUAUUCAAAAUGCUCACUGUCCUUGUAUUUUCAGGCAACUUAGCACAAAUGGGGAGGACCUUGCCAAUGGUGUAUGUUGUGCCGUAUUUAAAUUUACAGCGUGGCUGACUGAUUGUUUAUACUGUUAUAGAUGUGUAUUAAUUAACCCCUUACACUCAUGGGAAUUGACCUAUGUGGAUAGGGCUAAAUUGAAAUGUUUCUUACAGAAGAAAUAUGGAAAGCAUAGGCAUAACCAUGGUAGUAAUUAAAAGGGAACAGUUAGGAGAUUAUUGGAAAAUUUUCAGACUAAAGCUGAGGCCACAACAGUUCUCCUGACACAAGACUGAAUCCAAACAUUACAUUGUUGAUUUGAUGUGCAUUUGACUUUCAAUGUACUUUUCACCGCAUUUGUUGAUAACGAAAACAAAAAAUACUCUGGAUACAUUCAGGAAUCUGAUAAGAAUAUUCUUGGAAAAUGUGGGGUAGGUGCAACAUAAGACAAGAAAAUGGCAAGUGAGAGAUAUAUAUUGUGUUUCCAAGUGGCCACACACGUCUCCAAAGUGUGCACAGUUCCUAAGUAAUUUCAAUACACUUUUAUGACUCAAAGAA